CUCCUACCGUCACAUGUCCUUUAGAGGCCCUACAGUGUAAGUGUGUCUCCGUCAGAUCUAAGAACAAGGGUUUGGACUAUGGCUGCUCAGGUCACAGAAUCGGAUCAAAUUAAACAGUUCAAGGAAUUUCUUGGCACCUACAACAAACUGACUGAGAACUGCUUCAUGGACUGUGUGAAAGACUUCACUACAAGAGAGGUCAAAGUGGAAGAGACCUCGUGCUCUGAGAACUGUCUACAGAAGUAUCUGAAAAUGACACAGCGGAUCUCGAUGCGCUUCCAGGAAUAUCAUAUCCAGCAGAAUGAGGCUUUAGCAGCCAAAGCUGGCUUAUUAGGCCAGCCACGAUAGUCGACUACUAUGUGUUUUACAGACUCUUAUCCUCAGGCUGUAACUCUCACCCUGCUUGCUUCAUACUGGACUGAUGAGGCAGAGGACAUCGUGUCAGAAGAUGAUGUGCUCCUGUUGGGUUCAGAUCCUUAGCAAUGGUGGGAGGAUUGUUUUCUGUUCCUCCAAUUGUGAAGACUCACCAGGUCUUGUUCGGGAUUCUGCAUAAUGUGUAUUUUUUUUUUAUUAAGUAGUCAUGACCUUUUUAUGUAAUCACAGCAAACGUACAUAACAAAUAAAACAAGUAAAUAAG